AUGACCACCGUGCGUCAGAGGAAGAGGAUGAACGCCUCCGAGCCGAGUCCCCACAACUCACAGGGGCAGAAAGGUUCAAGAGAGAGAGCAAGAGGGAUUUCCGCAGGUGCCACAUGGAAUAUACUCUGUUACUUCGUUGGCGGGAUGCUGGCUUUUUUCCUGGGACUGCUUGCUGCAUAUUAUGUUGCCACCCUCCAUGAGAAUGACUUGUGGUUCUCCAAUAUUAAGGAGGUGGAGAGAGAAAUCUCAUUCAGGACGGAGUGCGGACUGUAUUAUUCUUACUAUAAACAAGUGCUGCACGCCCCGACCAUUGCUCAAGGAAUCUCUGAUUUAAUCUCUGAUAAUAAAACAGAGUCCAUGAGGACCAUCAAUAUUCUGGAGAGGAUGAAUGUGUACCAGGAGCUUGUCCUGGCGGUCAUCUACAGAACCUUCAAUCUUUGGAGCCUGCUGGAUCCUGUCUAUUUCUACAUCUAUACGCUGUUCGGGCUGCAGACGCUGUAUGUAGCGGCUCUGUAUAUUAACAGCUGGCUGCUCAGUGGGACUUGGCUUUCUGGAUCAUUAGCGGCUCUAUGGUACAUUGUUAACAGAAUUGAUACAACGCGGGUAGAAUUCACCAUUCCUCUGAGAGAAAACUGGGCUCUGCCUUUUUUUGCUGUUCAGAUCGCCUCCAUUUCCUACGUGUUUAGGCCGGGCCUGAGCAGAGUGAAGGAGAGACUGUCCCUUCUCCUGGUGUUCAUUUCCACAUUCCUCUUCAGUCUGACGUGGCAGUUCAACCAGUUUGUGUUACUACUGCAAGGUUUGGUGCUGUUUGCCCUGGACUGCCUGGACUUGGUUCCGAGCCGCAAGGUGAGAAGCCUGUACAUGAUUCAGGCAUCCAGUCUUCUUCUGGUGUGUCUCCCUCCAGUUCAUCAAUACCAUGAUUCUGGGCUCACUGCUUCUCGGCUUCAUCCUGGCUGCCGUUAUCGCCCAGAGAUUACAGAAAAACCUAAAAAGUGGCAGUCUGUUAAGAAGACUCUGGAACAUUACCAUCCAUGUAAUGAUCGUUCUGCUCCUUGCUACAGUUAUAAAUAAGUGCGUUAAGAAAAUCCUGAAUCUGCAGUCGGAUGAACACAUAUUUAAGUUCAUACAAGGAAAGCUGGGCUUUAAAACCAGAGAUUUUGAUGCCAAUUUAUAUCUGUGCGAGGAGCCCUUCCAGAUGCUGCCGUCCGACACGUUUGAGAGACUCGCCGACUCAUUACUCCUCCACCCCUUUGUAUUUGUUCUUUCCUUCCUAAUCAUUGCAGCAUCCGUCACCGCUUUCCAGAAACUGAGCAUCUCCUCAGGCAGCAAACAGAAGGAUUGGAGUGAACAUAGAAGCUGUCUUGUCCGAGCAGACGUUGCCUAUAAUUUAGUACAUAACGUGAUGUUUGGUUGCCUGGCUAUCAGCACAAUGCGAAUGAAGUAUCUCUGGACGUCCCACAUGUGUGUCUUGGCUUCCUUUGGAGUUGCCAGUAAGGACAUUUGGGGAAUUGUGUUGCGAUUGGUCAGGUUCUACACACCGCAGAGGGCUAAUGGGAUCCGAUAUUUGGUGUCAUUGAUUCUGAUCGUUUCCGUAGUCUUAAAGUUCUGGCCAAGAAUUCUUCAGGAGCUUUCUGAACUGCGGGAAUUUUAUGAUCCUGACACUGUGCAGUUAAUGAGCUGGAUCAAGUCAAACACCCCCGAAAAAUGCUGUAUUUGCAGGCAGUAUGCAGCUUCUGGCUGGGGUGAAGCUUUGCACUGGGAGAGUGCUGACCAAUCACCCUCAUUACGAGGACAAGACCCUCAGGGACAGGACCAAACAGGUGUAUCAGGUGUAUGCAAAGAGAGCCCCGGAAGAUGUGCACGGCAUACUGAGGUCGUUCGGCACAGACUACGUCAUAUUGGAGGACAGUAUAUGUUAUGAGAGGAGACAUGGGAGAGGAUGCCGUCUACGAGAUCUGCUGGAUAUCAACAAUGACCAUACGAUGGAUGGUCCUGGGGAAAACGACCCUGAUUUGAGGCCUUCUCCUUUCCCCCGCUUCUGUGCUGAAAUAAAGGAAGAUUCUCCGGCCUACACAAAGUAUUUUACCAGGGUUUUCAAGAACAGAACUUUCCAUGUUUACAGAUUGUCACGUAAAGCCGCUGUGAAGUAA